AAACGAGUGGUCCAAAGCAGUAAAUCCGUCCUCGCUUGAGCGCAAGUCGAUAUACCCCCGCCCGCACGAGAAAGGCUACACAAGACAGAACAGAUUGGCCAAUGGGUUCCCUCACCCUGGUCGCUGCUAGCACAUCUCCCUUCCUGCCAUAUUCAAAUUCAAAUAGAAGAAACUCCGAUGAUCGAUAUGGAAUCAUCACCCAGUUGCAGAAGUGCAGAAAUAUCAGCGAAGUCCACCCUUUACAUGCUAGAAUAAUCAGAAACGGCCACGAGCAAGACCCUUUUGUACUGUUUGAGAUGAUUCGUCUUUGCUUCAACCACAAUUCCAUGGAUUAUGCUACCAAAGUUUUUAACCAGAUUGAAGACCCUAAUGUGUAUCUGUUCACUGCUCUUAUUGAUGGAUAUGUUUCAACUGGUGCUUAUCUUGAUGGAAUUCGGGCAUACUCUAGAAUGGUGGGUGAAUUCGUCGAACCUGAUCCAUAUGCAAUCACGUCCAUUCUGAAAGCUUGUGGAUACAAAUUGGCCUUGAAGGAGGGGCGGGAAGUUCACGGUCGGGUCUUAAAGUUGCAGCUCAAUUCCAAUAGACUUGUUCGGAUGAAAUUGAUGGAAUUUUAUGGCAAAUGUGGGGAAUUCAGGGAUGCACGACAAGUCUUUGAUGAAAUGCCUGAGGGAGAUGUUGUUGCUUCAACUGUAAUGAUAUCUUGUUACGUCAAUCAUGGGUUGAUCAAUGAUGCAUAUGCACUUUUUUAUCAGGUUCCAGUCAAAGACACGGUCUGCUGGACAGCAAUGAUUGAUGGAUUUGUUAGAAAUGGAGAGAUGAACAAAGCCUUGGAGCUUUUUAGGGAAAUGCAGAGGGAUGGUGUGAGACCUAAUGAAGUUACUAUUGUGUGUGUUCUAUCUUCUUGUUCACAAUUGGGAGCGCUAGAACUUGGAAAAUGGAUUCAUUCUUAUGUGGGCAAGUAUAACAUCAAGCUGAAUCAGUUUGUGAGGUCAGCUCUCAUAAGCAUGUAUUCAAGAUGUGGUAGUUUAGAUGAAGCUCAAAAACUGUUUGUGGAGAUGGUUGAAAAAGAUGUUGUGACAUAUAAUUCGAUGAUUGUAGGACUUGCCAUGCAUGGGAGGAGCAGUGAAGCUAUUGAGCUCUUUCAGGAGAUGGUGAAGCAAGGGUUGAAACCAACCUACAUUACCUUUGUUGGUGUUCUGAAUGCCUGUAGUCACGGGGGUUUGGUUGACCUAGGUUUCAAGAUCUUCCAUUCCAUGACCAGAGACUAUGGAAUUGAACCACGAAUUGAACACUAUGGAUGCAUGGUGGAUCUCCUUGGUCGCGUUGGCCAUCUUGAAGAGGCUUAUGACUUUAUUGGAAGAAUGAGAGUGGCACCAGACCACAUUAUAUGGGGAGCAUUGCUUAGUGCCUGCAAGAUCCAUGGAAACCUGAAACUAGGAGAGCUGGCUGCAAAAAUAUUAGUUGAAGGUGGGGCUGCUGAUUCGGGAACUUAUGUUCUUCUAUCAAAUGUCUAUGCUUCAUCUGGGAAAUGGGAGGAAGCAGCACGGGUGAGGGCAAAGAUGAAAGAGAGUGGAAUUCAGAAGGAACCAGGUUGCAGCUCAAUUGAAGUGAAUAAUGAGAUCCAUGAGUUUCUUUUGGGGGACCUCAAACACCCCCAGAGGGAAGCAGUUUACAAAAAGUUAGAGGAGUUGAACAUAAUUUUGAAAUCAGAAGGGUAUUCUCCAGCCACAGAGGAAGUUUUGCAGGACAUAGGGGAUGGGGAGAAGGAGUGGGCAUUGGCAAUCCACAGUGAGCGGCUUGCAAUAUGCUAUGGGCUAAUAUCAACCAAACCAAGGACCACACUAAGGAUAGUGAAGAACCUAAGAGUGUGCAAUGACUGUCACUCAAUGAUCAAGUUAAUUGCAAAAAUCACACAAAGGAAAAUCGUGGUGAGAGAUCGGAACAGAUUCCACCAUUUUGAAGAUGGAUCCUGUUCUUGUGGGGAUUAUUGGUGAAACAAAAUACCUCUAUCAUUCACUCUAUGUGUAAAAAAAAAUAGAAAGGAAAAAAACAAAAGAAACUCACUAGCUCCCCCUUUACACCUCAGGUAGGACACAGCCUUCUUCUUUAUGCUUGAAAGGUCGAAUUUGGAAAGGUCACACCUUCAUUCAUCUUGGUUCCUAACAUCAGCGUCAAUCACAGUGUCACUACAUAGAUAACCUCCCCAAUACAGCUAUUCCAAGUUCCAUAGCCCAUUAGUUGGCACUUUUCAAUUAUGAGUCCCAUCUAAGUCUAAACAUUGAUGGUGAACCUAAAAUAGAUAUAGAGCCUUCUUGUGGAUUGCUUUCUUC